AUGAUGGUAACCGGAACCGCACGCCGACAGCGGCAGGGAACCGAGCCGCCCGAAACGAGACAGCUUUCCGGUCAAGCUCAACCUGCUUCUAGGCCAGACUAUGUGUCUGAGGACGACUUGAUCUCUGAAUGCGAAGACGCAGGGCGUAAGAAGUCUGCGGAGAACAACGAGAUUCCCAUACCAGGACCAGCGGCCUUGGGGGAGCGUUGGCUCGAUACGCUCGCUCUCCAUCUAGUGCUUGAGCCGGCGUUUUUCAGACUGAUGAUAAAGCCUCCUCGUGCGCAGUGCGUCUCGCUGAGUCGCUCGUGGCUUUCAGCCGUACACCUCCAGAAUAGAUACGCCAACCACACUGGCUUCGGGAACUGGGAGAAUCAGUGGUUUCAACCGAACGAGCAGGAAGUCUUAAGACGUGCGAUGAAGUACUACGACGAAAAUGUCAUCAUGCCUAAUUUGAAGCUCGAGAUCUUCAGCCGGGGCAUACCAGUCCGAUCGCAAGAAAACAAAGAGAUGUGCCGCAGAAUGAUGCUGCUUCAGAAGUCGAGGCUGGCGAUCGCCGAGACUCACACGUCAUGCACUGCUCUGGAGCGAAGCCUAGUAGUCAAGAUAUGGAGCUCCCGCGGUGACGACUCCGACAUCGAUCGCAUAGAGCGGCUCCGAGCCGCCAAGUCAGAGCUUCGCAAUAUUGCGGGACAAUCUGAACUUGACCAAACAGGGACAAGGUUGCUCAAGGGGUGGCUUGAAGGGAUAGGGACGAACGGACUUUGCGGUGUUCUCUAUGAACUACCUGGAGAUCAAACCGUUAGCAAGAUCGGAACGUCCAAGUACCAGCUCGAUAGCAAUCUCUUUGCGAACCGGAUCAUGAAGGUCAAAACUUUCGUCCCAGAAUUUUAUUGCGGAUGGCGCCCCGGAAGUUGCUCGAAGCUCUUCAUCGUCCAAACCGGCAACGUCCCGGAAAAGCUGGUCAUUACCAGACCUAAGGAUGACGGCAAAGACGAGUAUGCAGCCGCAUCAAGGGCCGAGCUCUUGCAACUGGACAGAGAUCUCGCAAAGGAAUUUGAGGCGAAGUGGGGAAAAAUUCCAAACGCCAAAGUAGUUCAAGAGAUUUACAAAGCAUUUGAGAUAGUUGUUGAGCGACCGUUGCAGCUCCUUCGAGCGUAUAGCAAAAAGGCCGCAUGGGCUACCGACAUCAGCAGGCUGAGCCUUCUAUUCGUCCGAGACAACGUCUACCACUGCCGGCUGCUACUAAAUCAGAUUCGCUGGACCGACUUGUUCGCGAAAAGCGACGGCCGGGUCCAACGGGGCGCUCUUCACUACAAGAUGAAGCGGCUUUUUCUUCUCCUUGCCGUCAUCUAUGCGGGCUUCCCGAUGCCAGCAAUGUGGUUGACAGUAAUGGAUGCGCUCCUCGACGAUCUUGGCCUCUUCGUACUUGGGCAUGCUGACGAGGACUACGACCUCGAUGCUUUGCGUCACAUAGCGGCGAUGAACCCUAAGACCGCACAGCGCCUGCCGUCGAAGCAGAGGAGCACCCCACCGACGGCCGCAAUGAUCAAGGGGCAAGAGGAAGCAACCGCCCGGAGCAUAUUCCAAGAAUUCUGCCGCUAUUUCCGUAGCGCAGUGCUGAUGUCGGUUGCCGCAACUAGCCUCAAGAGCAACAAUCGGGACGUAGACAUGCGAUUGUGGAAGGAGGAGAUUCUCGACUGGUCCAACAAGUGCAAGAAACCAUGCUGUAGGUCGCAAGUUCGGGUGCGUAACCGCCCUGACGGCAGGGUCGAUCUCUCCAUGGCUCAGCCCGAAUCGAGCUUCGGCUUUCCCGCUCAGAGAUCCCAAAUCCAGGGUAACAGUAUUCCUAUCCACCCCUGUCUUCUCGACAUCGUAUCCGGCACCAAGUUCGAUAAGACGCUGGCACCGUUCUACCACUACUUCGCACAUAAACAUCGUCUCUUCUGCAGGCCAAUCACUGGCAAGUCCGGGAGAGCAUCAGACACCACGCUGGAGAUGGCCGGACAAGCGGUAGGGACUUCGACGGGGAGAGUGGGGGAGAGGGACUAUGGAGGCUACCUACAAUACAACAUCCUGCGUUACUACAUCUUCUGCACUCUACUGAAGGAUGCUGCGGCACUUUGCGGCUGGAGACUUACCUGA